UUCUACUGACAUGUCGGGGACUGGAACUGGAAACAAUAAUGAAAAACGCGCUGGUCAUUGGGGGCCACGUCAGCCCCCAAAUCUUGAUCCUAAUCAUGAGUGGGCUGCACUUCGUCGUCGUUACGAAUGGAAGGACUCUUACGAUGAAGAUGUUGCCCCAAAAGAUGAACAGUUGGAAGCGGAACUUUUUGGAGAAGAUAAUCACGUACACACUGGUAUUAACUUCGCGAAAUAUGAUAGCAUAAAAGUGGUUGUUAAAGGCAAAGAUAUAAAGCCCAUAUCCACGUUUGAUGAAGCAAAUCUUCACUCAGCUAUGAAAGAAAACGUCCGAUUGGCACGAUACAAAGUUCCUACACCAGUUCAGACAGCGGCUUUCCUUAUUCCAAUAUUAUCUAAGCUGUUUGGAAAAGCCAAAAAGCUUGCGGCUCCCCGACCGCCACCUGGCACACGUCGGUAUAAAGCAGAACCAUUGGUUCUAAUCCUUGCACCAACACGUGAGCUGGCAACCCAAAUUUUUGAUGAGUGCCGUCGAUUUACCUAUAGGAGUAUGAUGAGGCCAUGUGUGGUCUAUGGAGGUGCUGAAACUGCCCCGCAAAAGAAUGAAUUGGCAAAAGGUUGUGACGUGUUGACAGCUACUCCAGGUCGUUUGGUUGAUUUCUUAGAGAGGGGUCUCAUUAGUCUUCGCAGAGUCAAAUUUUUAGUUCUUGAUGAGGCUGACCGAAUGUUAGAUAUGGGAUUCGAAUCAAAAAUUAGAGACAUUGUUCAAAAGUCAGAUAUAUUGGAUGAUGGUACACGACAGACACUGAUGUUUUCGGCCACAUUUCCAAAGCAAAUCCGCAAUCUUGCUCGAGAUUUUCUAGCGAAUAAUUACAUAUUUCUUACUGUUGGUCGCGUUGGUGGGACUACGAGUGACAUAACUCAAAAGAUUAUGUACGUAGAAGAUCAUAAAAAACGGGAUCAACUAGUUGCACUUUUAUUGAAACAACCUCCUUCGCGCACUUUGAUUUUCGUUGAAACUAAACGUGGUGCAGAUUCGCUUGAUGAUUUCUUGUAUAGUCAGAAUUUCCCAACCACAAGUAUUCACGGCGAUCGUACGCAACAAGAGCGUGAAGAUGCGUUACUAUCUUUCAAGAAUGGCCGAUGCCCCAUUUUAAUUGCUACAGCUGUUGCCGCUCGUGGACUUGAUAUCAAAAAUGUGAUGCACGUAAUCAAUUAUGAUCUUUGUGAAGAUAUUGAUGAAUAUGUUCAUCGUAUUGGAAGAACUGCUCGCGUUGGUAAUCAAGGGUUAGCUACUACUUUUUACAAUGAUAAUAAUUCAGGUAUUGCUAGAGACUUGGUAAAAAUUUUGAUCGAGUGUAAGCAAGAAGUUCCCGAUUUCUUACAAGAAUAUGUGGGCUCAAUUGAUCUUCGGUUUGAAGAUGAUGAGGACGAAUCAGGAAAUAAUUUGUCAAAUAGUGACUUUGCACAAAAAAGUAGCGGAUAUUCCUCGCGGGACAAUAACCAGAAGUCCUGGGAUAAUAGCAAUCAGAAACAAUGGGAUAAUAAUGAUCAGAAACGAUGGGAUAACAACAAUCAAGGACAAUGGAAUAACAAUGACCAGAAGUCUUGGGACAAUAAUAACCAGAAAUCUUGGGAUAACAAUAGUCAGCAACCUUGGGGCAGCCAGAAGCAAGACUCAAACUGGGAUGUGAAUCAAACCCAAUAUUCAAGGCCGCAAUCUCAAACGACCUCAUCAACGGUUGCUAGUACUGAUAACUGGUCAAAUACGUCCACUGUUCAGUCUACAUAUCAGCAACAUCCAUCUAACCCACCUUAUACACAACCUCAACAAUCUCAAUAUGCAACAUCUACAUAUAAUAUGCAGCCAUCUUCACAGCCUCCGUAUGUUGGAGCACAACCUGUAGUUAAUCUUCCGAAGAACAGUCAAUUUAAUCAGCCCACGCAACCCCAAUUUGGAUACGAUUCACAGCCCUCACAGCAGAAAAACCUUGGUGCUAACUAUAAUAAUUCUUCAUCUAACGGAUUUGAACAAAAUGAUUACUAUAAUAAUAAUAGUAAUACUUCAUUCGGCAACAAUGCAAACAGAUUUGGUGAUCCUAACAAUAAUACUAGUAAUGAUAAUUCACCAUCUCGUCCUCGUUCAAAAUCACCAAAACAGCAAAGAAAUCAACAACGAACUCGUAAUAAUGGAAAUUGGCAGCCAGAUGAUAACACUGGAAGUCGUAAUACAAAUCCAAUUAGUUCAGAAGGUUGGGGUAAUAAUAAUGAUGCCACUCAGAAUGCACCAAAAGAAUGGAAUCCAAAUAACGUUCCUUGGAAAUAA